AUGAAAAUAUAUUUUUGGAAAUUAAAAUUUUUUUUUUAUUUUUUUUUAUUUUUUUUAUUUAUUCAUGAGUUUGAACUGAAUGAUAACCAUCAUGAUGGUGAAGAUGAUGAUGAUGAUGACCAUUACAACAAAGUAAAGCUAAAUAACUCAAGAUUAAAAAUGCAGUACCUAGACAAGUGCAAACCAUAUUAG